UCACAGUUUUAAACUGAUAACAGGCUUUCAAAUAACUUGCAAAAUAGAUCAAUUAAUUCAGUUCAUUUAGAAACGCGCAACAUGUCUCUAACUUUACAAUUAAUCGCGGUUUUUGUCGUCGUCGACACCACAUUUGCUGCCGAACAGCCAUGUUGUAUAAGUAAGAAAUUCUUUGCGAAAGGAUUGAUGGUGACCGCUACCUUGAAAAGUGGGAGCAGUAUACCGACGAUGUCGCAGAACAGUUUUGCAGCCGAUCAGGAUUACGACAGAAAACUUCAGGCAGUGAACGGCACAGUCAUAACAGAGAGUGAACACGGCGAGUUCGUGACUACCUACCAGGUGAUCCGCGAUUUCCAUCAUAUGAAGACGUACAGUUUCAACGGCACACACUGUCACAUUUCUCAGAUCGUUGGCGAAGAGAUGCUUGACGGAUGUGUUCCAAAAACGCUUGCCCACUCCGGGACAUACCAUAUGGGAUCCGGAAACCAGACGAUGCACAUAAAUGGCUGGUACGGAAAAAUCGGGAACGAAACAUUGACCUAUGCCACUACUGUGAAUGACUGUACGUGGGUUUCUUUCACAAGAUUCGGAACACUGCCGGAUGGAACAAAGAUUACAGAAUCUGCACAAUUUGCUGAUGUUGUACAGUAUAAAAACAGCUAUGAUCAUGUAUUCGACAUUCCAAGUCACUGCAAUAUAGGAGAUGCGGCUGUUGGAAAAUAGUUCUGUCAUGAAGUUAUGCCCAUAAUAUAAACUAUCAAAUAAAGAUAAGAACAACUAG